AUGUGUAGGGGUUGUCCCCCUAUCAUUCUUGGCGGUCUUACCUUAUCCUAUCCUCGCAACGUCAGGGGAUUGCCUCCUCGGUUGCAGAGCCCUGGAUGUGUAGGGGUUGUCCCCCUAUCAUUCUUGGCGGUCUUACCUUAUCCUAUCCUCGCAACGUCAGGGGAUUGCCUCCUCGGUUGCAGAGCCCUGGAUGUGGGAUUGCCUCCUCGGUUGCAGAGCCCUGGAUGUGUAGGGGUUGUCCCCCUAUCAUUCUUGGCGGUCUUACCUUAUCCUAUCCUCGCAACGUCAGGGGAUUGCCUCCUCGGUUGCAGAGCCCUGGAUGUGUAG